AUGGCAAUGCUUUCUUUGAUCUCUCCUCGACACCGCAAUUCGUUUCGAUGCAUUCAAACUCUUCUUUAUCCAUUCACUCAAUCCUUUUCCACAAAACCCUUCAAACCCAUUGAACAAGAGAUUCUAUCAAACCCUAUAAUCUCCCCAAAUUCAACCAGUUUUGACCACUCCACUGUGCGCCAAACUCUCUCCUGCUACGCCAAUGACUGGAAACGCGCACUCGAGUUCUUCGAUUGGGUUCAAACCCAAUGCGGCUUCAAUCACACCACUGAUACCUACAAUGGCAUGAUUGACAUUCUGGGCAAGUUUUUCGAAUUCGAUCUCAUAUGGGUUUUGAUCCAACGCAUGAAAGCAGACCCAGUUGCGUACCCCAACUGCCUCAACACCAACCAUGUCACUUUUCGUUUCGUGUUCAAGCGCUAUGCAACGACGCAUCUAGUUGAAGAAGCGAUGAAUGCUUAUUAUAGAACUGAGGAGUUUAAUCUGAGAGAUGAAACUUCGUAUUCGAAUUUGAUUGACGCGCUUUGUGAGUAUAAGCAUGUAAUAGAAGCUGAAGAAUUGUUCCUAAGAGAGAGCAAAGACUUGGUUUUUAACGAUGAUGUGAAAAUUUAUAACAUUAUUCUUCGUGGGUGGUUCAAAAUGGGGUGGUGGAAGAAGUGUAGGGAGUUGUGGGAAGAGAUGGAUAGGAGAGGUGUUUGUAAAAGUCUAUAUUCUUAUUCGAUAUAUAUGGAUAUACAGUGCAAGAGUGGGAAGCCAUGGAGGGCCGUGAAAUUGUAUAAGGAGAUGAAGAAGAAGGGAAUUAGGCUGGAUUUUGUGGCGUAUAACACGGUCAUUCGUGCCAUUGGUCUUUCCGAGGGUGUCGAAUUUUCAAUUCGGGUAUUUCGCGAGAUGAAAGAGGUGGGUUGUGAGCCCAAUGUUGUGACUUACAAUACAAUUAUCAAGCUGUUGUGUGAAAAUGGGAGAAUUAGAGAAGCCUAUGGGGUGUUCGAUGAAAUGCGUGAGAAGGGUUAUGCACCAAAUGUGAUUACUUAUCACUGCUUUUUCGGGUGUAUUGAGAAGCCUAAACAGAUUCUCAGGACGUUUGAUAGGAUGAUCAAUAGUGGGGUUAGGCCUAGGAUGGACACUUACGUGAUGCUUAUGAAGAAGUUUGGGAGGUGGGGAUUUCUUCGACCUGUUUUUAUUGUUUGGAAGAAAAUGGAAGAACAGGGUAGUCCGGAUGCGUGUGCGUAUAAUGCUCUUAUUGAUGCUUUAGUGCAGAAGGGUAUGGUAGAUUUGGCUCGGAAGUAUGAGGAAGAGAUGUUAGCAAAAGGGCUUUCUGCUAAACCAAGGGUAGAUCUUGGGACCAAGCCCCAUACUGAAUGAUCUCUUGAUGGGUGUUAGUAGUUCAUAGGCCUACGGGAAGAUUGAUACUACCUGCAUAAUGCUUAUAUUGGAAUUUAGGAGAUUUAACCCCACUGCUAGAUUUGUUGCUGGGAAAA